AUGGCUCUCGUGCGUGAAGGUCGGACACAAGGGCACUCGCAUCAGCGUGUUCGGCAUGGCAAGGACAGCCUUAUCCGCGUUGCCAUGGCGCUGGCUGCGCUUGUGGUGCUCGGCUCCUCAGUGACCUUCUCAGCACCGAACGCCAACCGGCUUCUGAAGAUUGGACCAGCAACGGUUUCACGAAUGUCAGCAGUCAUUAAUGCAGCGGCCCGUGAGCUGCUGGAGCAGCUGACGCUGGACGAGAUUUCGGGCCUGAUCGGCUUCUGGAGCAACGCUGGGGUGCCGCGUCUGGGCCUCCCUGCUCUGCAGAUGACCGAUGGACCCAGUGGUGCACGCGGACCGAUGCCUGGGUUCAGCUCUGCCUGCACUCCUUGUGGGGCUGCCUUGGGUGCUACGUGGGACCCUGAUCUGUGUCGGAAGGUUGGUGCUUUGCUGGGGCAGGAGACGAAGGUGAAGGGAGCGCAGAUCCUCCUGGGCCCUACAGUCAACCUGCAGAGGCACCCGCUCGGAGGACGCAAUUUCGAGUGCUUCUCAGAGGACCCUCACCUCAGUGCUGCCCUAGCGGCCGCCUACAUUGAGGGCGUUCAGGCAGAGGGCGUGGCAUGCUGUGUCAAGCACCUGGUUGCCAAUGACCAAGAGCAUCGGCGGAGCUACAUCAGUGCUGAGGUGUCAGAGAAGCUAGCGCUACGCGAAGUGUACCUUGUGCCGUUUGAGGCACCGAGCAUGUUCUACAAGGACCGCUUGAGCCGCCUUUUUUUCGGGGAUCCUGACUCACGCGCAGCGAUGACGAAGCCGCGAGCACUGGCAGUCCUCAAAGUAAUGGCUCGCCUAGGCUUGCAUCCGGGGGCCCCGCAGCCUCCACCGCCCGCCGCCUCGCCGAACUCGCCGGAGCUGCGGGAGCUCCUGGCAUCAGCAGCUGCUGAAGCUGUGGUUCUCCUGAAAAUUGGGGCAGAUCUUGGCUCAGGUGGGCCCUUGCCCCUCCGCCGCGGACGUGUGGCUGUGCUGGGACCUACCGGCCGCCGCAUUAUCACGCAGGGAGGUGGAAGUGCAGCCGUCGAGGAGAACGCAGGUUCCCCUGAUCUUGUUGAAGCUUUGGAGCGGCGGCUGGGGCCUGGUGCCGUGACAUAUGCACGGGGCACUGACGCUCCCACUCGACUGCUGCCGCCCCCCAAGCCCUCCGAGCUACGAGCUGUGGAAGGUGAAGGUCUGCUUCAGGCCGAGUUCGUGGAGACGGCUUCCUGGGAUCAAUUCCCAGAGGGUCUGCCGGGUGCAGUCAAAGCUAUCCGUGCUUUGAACUUCGGUUUCUUCACCGGGGUCUACUACAACGAAGACCCACCAUCUCGAAAGUUCCAUCCUAGUGGGCCUUGGGCAGCCCGCUACCGCGGUCACCUCACGCCGGAGCGCACCGGCAGACAUCAGCUAAGUCUGGCUGGGACUGGACGAUUCCGUCUGAUGGUGCAGGGCGAGUGUCUCAUUGACAUGGCGGGAGAUGGCGAGAGCCUGGAAAUGGGUGGCUUCCUGGGGGAUUUGGGGACAGAGCACCGCGCGGAGGUUCAGCUGCUGGAAGGCGAACAGGUGGAGAUUUGUGUGCUCUGGGCCCCGGGCCCGAUCAGACCCUCACGAAUGCAUCUGGGCUUCCGGUACAAGCCUUGGGCUUCGGAAGCCGACCUCCAUGCAGAGGCAACAGGCCUGGCAUCUGCGGCCGAUGCUGCGGUGAUCGUUCUGGGCAGCCCGGACGGCGAGUCCGAGGGCCGCGACCAGGGCUUCAGCCAGCCAGGCCUGGAUCUCGUCCGAGCGGUCACAGCCGUCCAGCCACGGACCAUCGUUUGCCUAAACGUUGGAUGCCCCAAGCAGCUGCCGCCCGAUCUGCUGGAGUCGGUGGGUGCUGUUGUAGCGUGUUGGCUGGGUGGCCAGGAGGCUGCUGAGGGACUGGCCAGAAUCUUGUGCGGAGAGGGUUGGGGACCUUGUGGACGUCUUCCGGCCACUUGGCCGUACAAGCUGGAGGACACAGCCACGCAGGGCGAUCCGGCUCGGUACCCAGGCGUUGGGACGCAGGUUUUCUACUCGGAGGGUAUCUUGGUGGGCCACCGCUGGUUCCAGAGCCAGUCCAUUGCGCCUCAGUUCUGCUUCGGCUAUGGGCUCGCCUACACGACCUUCGAGUAUUCCAGCGCAGACCGACUCAGCCUGUUGGUCCAGAUGCUGAGCUGGAACUUUCUGUCCAUGUGCGGAAUUGCGGAUCGCACUCCGGCAAGGAGGUUGUACAAGUCUUCGCCGAGCGAAGCUCUGAAAAGAGAUGCUGGCGGCUCCUUCUCG